GUGCGAUCGGUACCGUCAAAGCUCGUCCCCCGGGGGAAUAGACGAACGGCUGUGGAUAGUCCUUGCAAAAGUUCGUGGGUACCGUCAGUGUGUCUGUGUGUGUGUCAGUUUGAAGUUUUCCCACUGCAACUGAGUCAGUGUGCCUGUGACGCUAGCUUGACAGUGCACGGGGCGGGAAAAUUAAGCGCAAAAGUGAACAAAAACACACUCCCACCCACACACACACACACCCAUCCUCGCCAUGUGCGGUGGAUUGCCGGUCAGCUAGUCGACCCCAAACACACACCAAAGGGCACACAGUGAGAUCGGGCCGACAGCGCUUUGACACCGCUGCAUGGGCUCGCGGAACCCUACCGACCAUCCCGUCUUCUGGUGCGACGAGCUGAAGCGGCGCGAGCGGAAGCGCAUCGCCGAUGAGAGCCUGCGGGACUGGAAAAACCGGAAGCUGAUCGAGCGGCGAUCCCGUGCGAAGGAGCAAUCCCACUUUCCCCUCUUCCAGUACCGGGAAGUGAUGGAGCGUUACUCACCCUGGGGCCGGAAGGGCGGCGGCGCACCGAACGAUACGAUACGCAUGCGCAACAUACAGCUGCAGGGCCUGUACCCGGAGACGAAGAACGAUCUGCGGAAUCCGGUACCGAUGGGACGCUCGCGGGGUGGUGUCGGGGCGGGCGGUGGCGGUGCACCGAUACGCAGCGCCUCGGGCCAGAUCGUGACCGGCCUGACCGACGAUCCGAUCAUCAGCUUUAACGACGCGAACCGGUACCACGUGGACAACGAGCUGCGGUACAAGACGUCGCCGGCGCAGAAGCAAACGUACCGGGCGGAGCUGGACCGGAUCGUGGCGGAGAAGGAGAACCGGGCGCGCAAGGCGGAGGAGGGCCCGGUGCCGGCGGGCGGCCGCUCGAACGGUGGUGGCCCGUGGGGGAAACCGGGCCCGGGCGGGAAACCGUGGCGUCCGCCCAAGAACGUCGGCCACAACUUCAUGAAGUCGAUGGGCUGGACGAACAAGGAGACGCUGCAGGAUCUCGACCUGGAGCUGGUGAGCCGGAUGCAGCGCCAGCUGGAGGAGGAGAACCGCUUCCUGAAGCGCUUCUCCAACUGCUGCUCACGGUGCGUCUGCCAGUGCAUCAGCAACACGCUGGAGCAGGGCCCGCCGACCGGUGGCGUCGGCGGUGGCAGUGCCGGGGCGGCCCGGGAUGCGAUCAAGUACCACCAGUCACCGCCGGCAACGGCCCCGCAGCCACAGCAGCCAGCUGCGGAUCGGCGUGUACCGAGGCUCUGCAAUCAAAGUCAGCAGCAGCAGCAGCAGCAGCAACAGACGCAGCAGCAGCAGUCGCAACAGGCAGGGAACGGGGGUGGGCGGCGCAAUGGCGGGCGGGUACCGCCGACGCGCAACUGUAUGAUAACGGGCGGUGUCGAGCUCGUGCCCCUACUCGCCAAACGGCGCUCCCAACCACGUCCCAUUAGCCUCGGGACGACCGACGUCACCAAGAUCGAUAAGUACACCGCAAACGGCAGUCUGGCCCGACGCACGGACGACGGCUACCUGACCGACCUGUGCAAUCAGAUGAGCCAGAAGCAGCGCAAGGUGGAGACGGUGCGGGCAAUGGAGUUCGAGACGAGCCGGCAGCACUUCGAGACGUGGAGCAGCUUCUGGGGCCGGCCGGGCCACGGUGCACCGCUACCGAACAAGAACAAGCUCAACCUGGACAAUCUGCUUUACAAAUCUCGUCGCUAAAGCAGAACCUGUACCACACGACUUAUCACACGACAAUAGGAGCUCUUAAACACACACACACCCACAUACAUUCGCAGCAGCAGCAAUAACAGCGGACACUCAGAUUACACUCUUUUCAAAUAGGAUACUAGACUGAGUUAUCUGUUUGCAGUGAGUUGCGUUUAAGGGAGUGGCAACAUCUAAGAAAUCAACUACGCAUCGUUUCUUAGCCGUCCAGCCUGAUUCAAAAUGAAGGUGUACUAUCUAAAGUAACAUCAAGCAGUCAGAUUCAAUUUCUCAAAACUCUUGAUUCUCAUCCGCAACUCGUUGCAGGCAAAUGACGUCAGUAUAGGCAAAAACACACGGACAAACACAUCUCAGGAGGUAUUCGACAUGCUUAUCUUUACAGGGGGGUUUCAGGGACUCUGAUGCUGUCCGUCACACUUUCUGAACUACUGGGCUGACUUCUUGUCACGUGGUAAUGCAUGUCCCCAGUGAGUCCAGAAAGUAUGUCAAACGUAUCAGAUUAGCUGAAAUACUACUGUGAAAAGUUUGGCGUAGGCUUCAGGAAGGUGCAAACAAGCAUGGCGUAAUGCUAGAUCGUUUCCCGUGUGCUUUAGCUAAGGCAAACAAAAAUCGAGAGAAAGUCAACUACACACGCACACGAGAGUUCUAAGAUGGACAAUUUUCUUCACUUGCCGUCCGAACGCAAGUGAGUGCAAAGUUGCUUCGCUUUUACCUGAAAUGAGACCAAAGCAAACACACAAACUAAAUGAAGAAAGGGAGAAAAAGAGAGAUAGAGAGAGAUAGUCAGAGAGGAAGGCAUAAUAAUGCUUUAAUUCCUUUUCGAUCCUCACCUCCAUUUAAUUGUAUAUAUGGUACAACAGAUCAGAGUGUCAGUAAGACGGGAACUCCCUAGCGGAUGGGAACGUAGACAAACCGAAACUACGAGAAUCGGUCUGACAGCAGUGAAUAGUAAUGAUAAUAGUAGUAAUAAUAACAGUAGUAUGCAGCUCGAUUCGCUUCUUGGCCCAGAACGUCACUCUUAGAGUGUAGUAGCCGUACAAAGGUACCGGUGUCGUGUUCGAUUACGAGUGUAGAGUUCGAAGAGGGCAGAACACUUGAAAUGAGGAUUCGGUUUACACGGCGCUCUGGCCAGCAACCGAAAAAGACAUAUGGCUCCAGCAAACGUCUAUAGCUGUAUGGAGGUGCACCGUUAGACAUCUCGAACAAAUAAAACGAACUAAUUCCAUACGUUCUUUCGAGUCUGAUGCCCUGUUCGAUGGCUGCCAGAGCGCGCUGUUACUGUUACCAGCGUUGUUUAUUGUUGUAGUUUCCUUCGAGGAAGAUAGUUUAAUGAGGGAAUGCAAGCAGAAGUAGAUUAGAAACUGAACGUUGCGUUUUCUUGUUUCAUUGUUCAUCAGUCAUCAUGCUAUUAAAUGCUUCAAAAGCUCAACCGGCACGAUUUGUUAACAAAUUUGAGGUUAUAAAUAGUUUAUAUAUAAACAUAGAUGUACACAGUCAGCUAUCGUUGUCACCGAUCAUAUUACCAAAGUAGCAAAAACUCGCCGUACAUUACUGUAAAUGUAUCUACGUCUACUUUAUGAUUGCUAGUGAAUGCGGAGCUUGGAGCAAGAGCGCAAGAGAAAUGCUAUAUCGACCAAUGCAAAGCUAUUUGCAAGUAACACGUUUUCCAGACAUUCUUAGCUAGAGCUGCGGAGGGGCAGAGUGUUGCGGACAGCACGAAAGCUUCCACUUUAGGUUAAAUAAAGAAGCAUCCAAUAUUAAAUGUUACCCGCUGCGGAAAACUUGAAAAUCA